AGCCGAGCGCGGACGGGAGAGGAAGAUCCGGGGGUUUGGUUUAGUCCCGCAGACGCACAGACGCUGGAGACGCUCCGGUCGCUCCAGUUUCCUGCAGGUCUGAACUUUUCCCGCAGCUUUUCUCCAACAUGAACCGCGUGUUCUUCUCCCGCGCGCGCCCCGCACUGCAGCGUCUGUGCGUCAGCCGCUUCUCCGCACCCGCCGCGGCCAUCCCGACCCCCAGCACCCAGCCCGAGGUGCACUACAACAAGCUUUUCAUCAACAAUGAGUUCCAGGACGCGGUGAGCGGACGCACCUUCCCCACGAUCAACCCGUCCACGGGCGAGAUCAUCUGUCAGGUGGCGGAGGCGGACGCGGCCGAUGUGGACAAGGCGGUGCAGGCGGCGCGGCGAGCCUUCAGGCUGGGCUCCCCGUGGCGCCGCAUGGACGCGUCCGACCGCGGCGUCCUGCUCAACAGACUCGCCGACGCCAUCGAGAGGAACGCCGCCUACCUCGCCGUGGGUUUUCCUGAGGGGGUGGUGAACAUCCUGUCGGGUAUGGGACCCUCCGCCGGAGCCGCCAUCGCCAAACACAUGGAUGUGGACAAAGUGGCCUUCACCGGCUCCACCGAGGUCGGGCAUCUGAUCCAGCAGGCGUCUGGCAACAGUAACCUGAAGAAAGUGACUCUGGAGCUCGGCGGGAAAAGCCCCAACAUCAUCCUGUCCGACGCCAACAUGGCGGAGGCGGUGGAGCAGGCGCACUUCGCUCUCUUCUUUAACCAGGGCCAGUGCUGCUGCGCCGGCUCCAGGACGUACGUCCAGGCCGACAUCUACGACGAGUUUGUGGAGCGCAGCGCGGAGCGAGCCAAGAGGCGCGUGGUGGGCGACCCGUUUGACCUGCGCACGGAGCAGGGCCCUCAGGUGGAUCAGGAGCAGUUCAACAAGAUCCUGGGCUACAUCAGCACUGGGAAGAAGGAGGGGGCAAAGCUGCUCUGCGGGGGGGGCGUGGCAGCCGACCGAGGAUACUUCAUCCAGCCCACCGUGUUCGGAGACGUCCAGGACAACAUGACCAUCGCCCGGGAGGAGAUCUUUGGUCCAGUGAUGCAGAUCCUGAAGUUUAAAUCCCUGGAGGAGGUGGUCGAACGCGCCAAUGACUCCAUAUACGGCCUGGCAGCUGCCGUCUUCACCAAAGACCUCGACAAAGCCCAUUACAUCUCCAACGGACUCCGCGCUGGGACUAUCUGGAUUAACUGCUAUGACGUGUUCGGGGCGCAGGCUCCGUUUGGAGGGUACAAGGCGUCAGGGAACGGGCGAGAGCUCGGCGAGUACGGCCUGGAGGCGUACACCGAGGUCAAGACGGUCACCAUCAAGGUUCCCCAGAAGAACUCGUAAACCAGAGAAGAGACGAUUAACCUGCCACAGCCCCGACCCUUCACCUGCCAUGUUCACCUGCCACGUUCUACUCUUCACCUGCCGUGUUCACCUGCCACCUGCCAUGUUCACCUGCCAUGUUCACCUGCCGUGUUCACCUGUCAGCCCUGUACGAAUGAACACAAUAAAUAUUUUCACACUUUACAGUUGUACUUUUGUUUGGUUAAUCAUCAAACCAAAAUGUUCUGUGGCCGUUUGAUUUGAGGAAAAUGUGACUGAAACUUUGAUGUAAGUUUUAUGUUCUAUGUAAGUUCUAUAAAAAAGUUCUAAAUAAUUCUGAACACUUUAUCAGUGGUGGAACGUAACGAAAUAAAAGUUGUAAUACCAAAA